AUGGCGCCUCCCAAGCAACUUUUCUUCAUAACGGGGAACAAGAACAAGCUUGCCGAGUCCAAGGCGAUUCUGGGCGAUGUGGUAGAUUUGCAGUGUCAGGCAAUCGAUUUGGUGGAGAUCCAGGGCACGAUUGAGGAGAUUUCUCUGGAUAAGUGUCGGAGAGCUGCCGAUGCUGUCAAAGGUCCCGUGCUUGUUGAAGAUACGUGUUUGUGCUUUAAUGCAUUAAAGGAACUACCAGGUCCAUACAUGUAUGGCAAAUCAUUCCAAUAUGAGGAAUCAGAAGCAGUUGGUACACAAGGACUUAACGAUCUUCUUGCUGGCUUUCCCGACAAGUCUGCCCAAGCUGUAUGUACAUUUGCAUAUUGCGAGGGUCCAGGUCACGAGCCAAUCAUCUUCCAAGGACGCACAGAUGGCAAGAUAGUACCACCGAGAGGGCCAACAAAUUUCGGCUGGGAUCCGAUUUUCGAGUAUGAAGGCAAGACGUAUGCGGAAAUGGAAAAGGUCGAGAAGAACAAGAUCUCGCAUCGUUUCCGGGCGCUUGAGAAGCUGAAGGCAUGGCUACAGGAGGCAUAA